AUGGGUUGUUGUAUUAGCACACCAAAAGAUGACCAAAAUACCCUCAAAACCCAACAAAAUGCCACCCAAGAACCAAAAUGCAUAGCUCCACCACCACAACCAAAAUCACCACCACUAAUUGUUGAAGAGGAGUUUGUGAAAGAGAUUCUAUUUGAAACAGAAACACCCAUUUCUAAACCUCAACAAGUUCCAAUUUUGACACAAGAAACAAAGACCCAAAUGCAAAAUAUGGAAAUUACAAAAGACCCCAUCAUGAACAAACCAUUGGAGGAACCUUCAGAAGAAGUUUCUAUCAUUUCAGAAACAUGCAGUGUAGGUGAAAGCUACUCCACCACCACCACCACCACCACAGUGCCGGAAACAAGAGAAGACGAAGUUACAAGUAAGAGAAGAAUCAGAGAGGGAAGUCGGAACCGGAAUCGAAAUCGGAAUCAUUCCGAUGGAUCAAGGAAGCGUUCUUAUGCUGGUGAGAGGAGUAGAAUUGGAGGGAGAGAGCAACGGCGGUCCAAAUCUCCGGCGAGGGUACCGGAGAUUCCACCGGAGAAGAAAGUGGUGGUGGGUUCACGGUUAGAUCGCCGGAGGGAAUUUUCCGAUAAGGUCCGCCGUGACUCCGGCGAGGGUAUCCGCCGGCGAUCGAGGUCGCCGUCGUGUCAGAAAACGGUUGGUAGUAGUAAUACUUGUCGGAGUGAGCUCCGGCAGAUGGAUAGAGCCGGCCGGAGGUUUCCGCCGCCGGGUAAGUGUGAGAAUGAGGAGGUUGUUGUGGAGAGAAACGACGGCGUUUUAAUGGAGGAGUCAAUUAUGAAUCCGCAUGUUUCUUUGGAGUGUUUUAUUUUUCUGUAG